AUGAAUAAUCAAGGCGUGUUUCACCGUGACAUUAAAGAGUUACUGGAGAACCUGCUGAUGAACCCCGAAACUCUCGAGGUCAAACUGAUUGACUUUGGGUGCGGGGAUCUCCUGAAUGACUCUGGCUAUAAAAGUUUCUAUGGCACACAAGAGUACUUCCCUCCUGAGUACUAUGUGAGACGCUGGUACCGCGGGAAACCAGCUACUGUGUGGUCUCUGGGAGUGCUCUUACUCACCAUGGUGUGUGGACGCUUUCCACAACCCAGAGACCUACACACGACUGAAUACGACAUCUGGUCUGAGCCUGGCUUGUCGGACAAUUGCUGCCACCUGAUUCAGUCUCUCCUGCAGCAAAACCCAAGCCAGAGGAUUGAUUUGAGAGAAAUCCUUCUACACGAAUGGUUUAAGGUCGCUGAAUAA